GAUUUUAAAAAAUUUAUUAUGCCCUUUCAUUUUAUGUACUUUUUUGAAUUAAAAGUGAAACUAUACAGAUUCUUUAGAACAUAAUAAGUAAAAAGAAUAACAAUUGAUGGAAAAUUUCCCGUGUUCAUUACUGAUGUAUCCUGCUCUGUGUAAUAGAUGUGCUCCUGACAAGUUUGUGUAAAUUGAAUUUUUAAAAAUAGAAUCAUUUCCCAAAUCACUACAGAGAUACUUUGUUUUAAUUUAUGAUUAAUCCUUGUCAGUGAGUCCUUAUAUUUUUAGCAUUGGGUUUCUCUGUCUUAAUUACUCUGUCAAGUGAUGAUCUUGAAUAGAACAUAGGAAUAAUUUGCAGGAAAACACUUGCACUAUGGAAGCUUUUUGAAAGGAAUUCCCUGUGAAUCCUUUUGUAAAGCAAGUCUUUUUGGUAAUACAGUGUAUCACCUAUAAUUUGUUUUAAGUUUUGAUUUUGAUUUUGUUCUUUCUUAAACAUUUUAUACUUGUGUUAGUUAAGCUAGGGCUUACCCUUGAUUAUCCUUGGUAAGAUGAGAAUACAGAUGUUUAAUUGAAAUUCAAGGGUAAAUAUAAAAUGUUUGCUAAAAUUCGCAACCUGCUUUGUCAUGGAACUUUUAAAUUUGGUUAACAAAUAAUAAAAAUUGUAUGAUGGGGCAAUGAUCUGCUGUCACUUUUCCUUAGGCAGUACUGAUGAUGAUGAUGAUGAUGAUGAUGAUGAUGAUGAUGAUGAUGAUGAUGAUGAUGAUGCAAAAAGCAGGGAAAGGACCAAGUGUCAAAUAACUUUUUGGAGUCUCAAGACAUACUGAUUUUUUUUUUCUUACUGCAACUCUUCCAUUGACUUUAUUGUUCUAAAAUUAGGCAAAUACAGAGAGUAUGCUCCUCCCCCAACAAGAUAUGGACAUAUGCAUUUGUAUAAUUGUUGUCCUUAAAAAAUUAACUUGAAUUCAGAGAGGAGGUAAGCCUUGUAUUUGAAUGGUUCUCCCUCUCCUUCCAAAAAAAAAAAAUUCAAAGCACUUUACUGUCAUUAUUUUUAUUAAUAUUUCAUUUUUUGUUAAUCCUCAGAACAUUCCUGUGAGGAGAUAGAGGGUAUAUGGUAUUAUCCCUGUUUUUGUAGGUGGGAAAACUUGAUGCACAGAUGUGUUGACUUUCCUAACUUCUUGGUGUAGUCAGGACCAGAACAAAGAUCACCUGGCUCCUAAGGCCCAUGUUCUAUCUUGAUUUGACUCUGCUUCAUAGAGCAGAGUAAGCAGGCGAAGGAUCAUUUUCAGUACAAAAUGGUUCGAUUCAUCAGAAAGAUGCUGUGAAUGAUGAUGAUUUUGAGCCAUACCUAAGUAGCCAGACAAAUCAGAGUAACAGCUAUCCACCAAUGUCAGAUCCAUACAUGCCUAGUUACUAUGCUCCAUCCAUUGGAUUUCCGUAUUCUCUUGGUGAAGCAGCAUGGUCCACAGCUGGAGACCCACCUAUGCCAUAUUUGACAACCUAUGGACAGAUGAGCAAUGGUGAACAUCAUUAUAUACCUGAUGGUGUAUUUAGUCAACCUGGGGCUUUAGGAAAUACUCCCCCAUUCCUUGGUCAACAUGGAUUUAACUUUUUUCCUGGGAAUGCAGAUUUCUCUACAUGGGGGACAAGUGGAUCUCAGGGACAAUCAACACAAAGUUCUGCUUACAGUAGUAGCUAUGGUUAUCCACCUAGCUCUCUUGGGAGAGCCAUAACUGAUGGACAGGCUGGAUUUGGCAACGAUACUUUGAGUAAGGUGCCUGGCAUUAGUAGUAUUGAGCAGGGCAUGACUGGACUGAAAAUUGGUGGUGAUAUGACAGCUGCUGUGACGAAAACUGUAGGUUCUGCUUUGAGCAGUACAGGUAUGACAAGCAUUGCUGCAAAUAGCGUACCCCCAGUUAGCAGUUCAGCACCAAAACCGACCUCUUGGGCUGCCAUUGCCAGAAAGCCUGCCAAACCUCAACCGAAACUUAAACCUAAGGGCAAUGUGGGAAUUGGGGGACCUGCUGUACCACCACCUCCUAUUAAACAUAACAUGAAUAUUGGAACUUGGGAUGACAAAGGGUCAGUGGUAAAAGCUCCACCCACCCAACCUGUUCUGCCUCCUCAGACUAUAAUCCAGCAGCCUCAGCCAUUAAUUCAACCACCACCAUUGGUGCAAAGCCAACUGCCUCAACAGCAGCCUCAGCCACCACAACCACAGCAGCAACAAGGACCUCAGCCACAGGCCCAGCCUCACCAAGUGCAGCAGCAGCAACCACAGCAACUGCAAAAUCGUUGGGUAGCUCCUCGUAACAGAGGAGUGGGUUUCAACCAGAACAAUGGAGCAGGCAGUGAAAACUUUGGUUUAGGUGUUGUUCCUGUCAGCUCUUCACCAUCUGGAGUAGAGGUACACCCAGUGCUGGAAAAACUAAAGGCCAUAAAUAACUAUAAUCCCAAAGACUUUGAUUGGAACCUGAAGAAUGGACGUGUGUUUAUAAUCAAAAGCUAUUCUGAGGACGAUAUACAUCGUUCCAUUAAAUAUUCUAUCUGGUGUAGUACUGAACAUGGUAAUAAGCGUUUGGAUGCAGCUUACCGUUCUCUGAAUGGUAAAGGUCCACUCUAUUUACUCUUCAGUGUGAAUGGUAGUGGACACUUUUGUGGAGUGGCUGAGAUGAAGUCUGUUGUGGACUACAAUGCAUAUGCUGGAGUCUGGUCUCAGGAUAAGUGGAAGGGCAAGUUUGAUGUUAAGUGGAUCUUUGUCAAAGACGUUCCCAAUAACCAGUUGCGGCACAUUCGUUUGGAAAAUAAUGACAACAAACCAGUUACCAAUUCAAGGGACACUCAAGAGGUACCCCUAGAAAAAGCUAAGCAAGUGCUUAAAAUAAUUGCUACUUUCAAGCAUACCACCUCAAUCUUUGAUGACUUUGCACAUUAUGAAAAGCGUCAAGAAGAGGAGGAAGCCAUGCGUAGGGAGAGAAAUAGAAACAAACAUAAACUAUGUGGAGAUGCCCUGCUAGAAUUACAACACUAAUGAUGUAGACUCUGGAAAUGCCUCCUAUGUCUAAGAAGACUUAUUAAAGCUUUAUUUUUCCUGCUUAAUGAGACAUCUUUGACACUUUAACACACAAUUGACUCUUCUUGUAUUGGUUCUCAUCAGCGCAUCUGCCCAUAUACUCUCACCACACACAUUGAGACCUGUAACUUCGUCAAGCACUUCUGUCCUGAAGCUUUUACCAGUACUGCUGUCUUUUGUAAUUAUGCAUCCUAGCUAAGGCACAGGAGACUGAAUGAAUGCAAGGAUUCAUUAACUCUAUGAAUUUGUUAAAUACUAACAACCAUUAGAAGUGGUUCAAUGAUGUAAGAUUCAAACUGCUUCAAUAUUUUCUUUGUCGUAGUUUUAUAAUUGUCAAUUUUAGCUAUUUGACAGAUUAAAAGCGAAAUCAUGCCAUAUUUAGUCCUGGAGUACAACUCAAGUCUAAAUGUUUAUGUGAAAAUUAUUGUAGUAAACUUUCAAUAUGGCAAAGCAACCUUAAGCUAUAUUUUAGCCAAACGAAAUAUAAUCUGAAAUUAUAUUAGAAUGAUAUUUCCCUUGUCUCAAAUUGUUUGGUGUAACUGAAUAUUGAUAUGCAGCUUGGUGGAUGUCACCAAUUAAUGCACAUUCUUCCUCUUCCCCUAUUCCCCCCCUCCUCCAACUUAUAACAUGUAUACUGAAAAAUGUGCAUUUGUCUGAGGAAUUAUUUUGUUUGCUACCACUUGAUGAAUCUCAAAGUUUUGAGUAAAUGUACCUCAGUCUAAUCAGACUUUUUAUGACCUUUCUAACUACAUUUAGAAUAAUCCUUAAUUCUUAUUUCUGGGUCUUUGCGAGCCUGACAAAUUGCUAUCAUGAAGUAAAAAUUUACUCCUAGAUGAUUCACUAGCUAAAUAAACAUAGUUCUUGUUUAGCAAGCAUAUACCGUUUCUCACCUUUUUUCCUCCAGCUUUCACAGUGUCCUAGCAUCCUCAAAAUACUUUAAAAUAUGGCCUUGAUCCAUGGAUUAAAUCAGUAUCUAAGUGAAUGUGUUGAUGUUUUGUUGAUCAGAGCUAUAUAACUGGGAAUAUAGCAUAUCUGGGUAUUCUUUUAGUUAUGUUUUUUUUUAACAUCUUACCUUUUCUUUAAUUUUAGCUACAUAUCAACAUUAAUUUUGUAUCUUGGAAGAAAUUGAUUUAAACAGUUUAAAACAUCAAGCAUCUGUAUUAACUGAUUUGACUGCAUAACAUGAUGAUAUUGAACAUAAUAUACUAGCACCAGAGAGUACUGUCCUAAAAGGAAAAAGCUGUGUAGAAAGAAAAUAUAUUAAGACUGAUAAUAGCAAUACAGUAGAUCCGAAUACCUUGAUGUUUCACAUUACUCCACAUAUGUUUACAUCAUGUUUGGAAAUGUUUUCAUUUACUGUGGUCUCAGUGAUCACUUCAAUCCCGAAAAUUAAUUAUAAAUAUAGCAUCAGUUUCUCUGAGUCUUUCAUUUAAAUAUUUUUAGGUUGCACAGUUCUCCUUCCUAUGCAAAUACUGUAUCCAAGUGAAAGGAUACGGUACUUGCAAAUAACUAUAGCUAUUUCACAGCUACUUAGUCUAGUUAUUUCAGUGUGUUGAGAACAUUCAAAUCUCAGUAGCAUAUAACAAAAACACUUUUCUUAAAGGGAAAUUGCACCUAUUUUACCCAUUCUAAGUGUUUAAAAAAGUAAGCCAUGAAACCUUUUAUAAUGUGUCUAUUAUAGUUGUUUAUAAUUGCAAUUGGCAUUUGGGUAUCGUUACCAAACUUUUUUGUUUUUUAAUCAGUACUAUUAUAGGGCAUAUCAUAUCAUCAGGAUGUUGGCUUUUCUGCAUGGUCUGAGGAGCAUCUGCUCCAUUAGAGCUUCAGAGAGAGCCUGAGCCCUUCUCUACCCUCAGAGGGCCUCUCUUUUUGGCACUUUAAUACAAAUUUUGUUUUUUAAAAGUACAUCUAGUUCAAAUUUGUUUAAUUUACAUAGACUUCUAUGGUAUAAAUCAGCAUGGGAGCACUUUUCAGCAAGCCAGCUGAUUGCAAUAGCAGACUCAAAUGUCAUAUGUAAUUAAAUAGUUUGAAAUAAGAUUUAUUCACAGUGAGAAAUACAUUGCAGUGCCUUCAACCUGGAUUGCUAAUGUUAAGUGAAAUAGGUGCAAUAGUCCUUUGGAAUAAGAAUUUUCUAUUUUAUAAUGUAGGGUUUUCUCCCAGUUGGUAAUUUGUUUUUCUUCAUUAAAUUUUCUUCUAAGCACCCAUCUUCUCUUCCUUCUUGGUCUAGCAACCAUAGUACUUAUAAGAUUUAUUUUCCUUCAGUGAAGCUAAUAGAUGAAUUGUCUCAGCAGCACAACUGAAUGUUCUUUAACCGUAGGACCAAAUGGGAGAGAUCCUGGGUUCUGAGAUGGGAGAGCACUUACCAAAUAUUUGAAGUAAUAGAGCAUACAGAAAAAUUAUUGGCCCAGUAAAUUUCUUGUUUAAUGUUUUUUCCUAGUUCUGGUUUGAAUGUUUCUUAUUAAAAUUACCUUCUGGGGUAUUUUAUUUAGGAAGGUGUUUCUAGUUUGUAUAUUUAAAAGUAAAGAAAUAACUAACCAAAAUUAGUAUUCUUUCUCUAUCCAUACUGUUACUUGCAGAUUUCUUUCCAAAAGAAGCCCCAGCCUUUUUUAAGUUUUGGGUUUUGUUUCCACAUUUUUAACUUAUAAUGCUCAUUCUAACUCAAGAACUGUGUUCUUUUUGUUACCAUGCAUGGGGGUGGGGCUGAUGUUAAACGGUUUGCACUAAAAGAAUCGGCUUAAUUAAUUUAAUACUUUUCAAAUGACUUUUGCAUCCUUUUAAAAUAAGUUUAAGGAUUUAAGAGACUUGUGUUUUCAUUAAGUUUUGCAUAUCUUUUGUUAUGCCAUGUAAAUUCCUUAUCUCCUUUUCUUAUGAUUAAAGAAAAAGGUUAUGAUAAAAUGAUUAGUUCAUUUACAUUCUCUUGUAGCAAAAACAUGGACUUUGAAUUUUGUCGUGUUUGGGUUUGUUCAUUCAUGUGAAUGAUGGUACAGUUGGGUGAGGAUUUCUGUUAUGGUACCAAAACUCGCCAUUUGGUCCUCUUUAAUCUUUGAGGGUUUCCAAUAAAAACUGGUUUCACUCACACCUGCUUUUUUUCCUAUAUUCUCUUUUGUUAAUAUAUAAGAUACUGCCCAAUGAAGAAUAAAUUUUUCAUCUUUUUGCAUAUGGAAUUAUGGCUUUCCUGAUUUACCACCUUUCCCUCUGAUUACAAAUUGAUUAUAACACAACCUAAUAUGAAACUUUAGUUUUUAAAAACAGCCUUUUAGGUUUGUAUUAACUUCAGAAUUCACUAUAUAAUUUUUCUUAUUAUUUGAACAGCAGGUACAAGGUCAUUUCUUUAGUAUUACAUAGCUGCUUCCUUUUUAGAAAAGUAUCUGGAAAAGGAAACCUGAUAUCAAGUUAGAUCAGCCCUUCUGGUCCUUACAUGGCUGUUAAAUUUCCCUCUUUUUUUUUUUUUUGGGGGGGGGGGGACCAUUCUAACCUUUUCCCUCUUCUUCUACCUAAUCCCCGAGCCGAAUGUCACGAUCUUAGCUUGAACUUAUCCUUAUACCUUGAUGACAUAACACUAAUACAGUAUACAUGUAAAUAGCAAUUAUUUUAUGCAUUUUAUGAAAACAGGGAUGUGGGGGUGAUGUUGACACAAAGCAGCCUCUUCCUCUCCCUCUCCCACCUAACACACCUCUUUCAUUAAUUGGAGUUAUUUUGAUUCCACCUUGUGCUUUUCAAUAAAUUAUACUUGAUCUCCUACCUAUUCACAUAUAUGGAAUAUUUCUGUAUUGGGAGCAACUUGUAACUUUAUUAUUAAGGGUAGUCACUAAAGUGGAAUACUUCUAAUUUAUGUCAUUAAUUACAUGUCAUUCAAAAUAGCAAGAACAGUUACUACCUAAAAGGCACUGUUAAGAUUCACCAUUGAUUUUUGCUACGUUUGGUUUUCUUUCUCACUUAUGCUGACUAAUCCUUCUGUUGCUAUGUGAAAUGCCUUGUCAGUUUAUGAUGUGGGAGUAAAUGACACAAACUAAGAAUAAAGCAAUAGUGAAAAUGUAGGAUAAAAGUCAAAACUUGUAAGCUAAUUUUCUUCUUUACUACAAAUGCAAUAAAAUGCUGUAUGUCAUUUUAUUAUA